UCUGAGAAUUCAGUUCAGAAGGAAACCUACAGAUGUAUAUCGUGCUUGUCAUAAGUACUUGAGAACUAAGCAAAGACUACACUUGAAGAUUCAAGACUACACUUGAAGAAGAUUCAAGACUACACUUGAAUAAGAUUCAUAUCUACACCUGACUGUAGAUUUUAGUUUCUUUCUACACCUGAAGAUUCAAGAUGCUUGGAUUAUAUGACAAGUUGAACCUGCUGGCAGCGGUGUCGUUGUCCCUCCUGACCUCUCUGGCCCUGUCUUCCCCUGUGGUGGGCCCGGAGCCUAUCCGCUGUGCCCCCUGUACCCAGGAGAAGCUGGAUGAAUGCCCGGCCAUCUCCCCAGACUGUAAGCAGGUUCUAAGGGAGCCGGGCUGCGGCUGCUGCUUGGCAUGUGCCCUGGAGAAGGGGGCCUCCUGUGGGGUAUACACAGCCCACUGUGCUGAGGGGUUAAAAUGCAGCCCUAGACCUGGGGAUCCCAGACCCCUCCACUCCCUCACCAGAGGACAGGCCAUCUGCACUGAGGACCAGGGUCAAGAGGAAGUAGAGAGGGUGCCAGACCUCAGCUCCCUGCCCUACCUCCUGGGACUCAACACCCCCUUUGACACCAGCGAUGAUGGGGCUCAGGAGAGCAUCAAGGCCAAGGUCAAUGCCAUCCGCAAGAAACUGGUAGAACAGGGUCCCUGCCACAUUGAGCUGCAUGCAGCCCUGGACAGGAUAGCCAGCUCUCAGCAGGAACUAGGAGAGAAGUUCACCACCUUCUACCUCCCCAACUGUGACAAAAAUGGCUUCUACAAGGCCAAGCAGUGUGAGUCGUCUCUGGUGGGACCCCCUGCCAGCUGUUGGUGUGUGUCCUCCUGGAAUGGGAAGAAGAUUCUGGGGUCCAAUGAUCUACUAGGAGGCUCAGAGUGCCAGCAGGAACUCACUCACUAAAGCAUGGACGCUCUGACACACAUUUACAGUAUGCACAUUCACAGGCAAAUGCAUGCACACGUAUUGACACAUAUACAGAGUAUUUUUUUACUCAGCUUAAACAUGACUAAACACACAUAGGUCUCCUCAAACCUACACACAUCCACAUCCACCAUAUAUACUGACUUUCUUUUACAAACACGUACAAAUACAUACUCAUUCACAUAAGCACACAACAUAACAAUUUAUUUAAAAAAAAAUAGAAAUUGCUCUUAAUUUAUUUACGUGACGUAUCACGCCUUAUUUAUUCAAAACGCAUAUGUGCUUACUAGUAUGAACCAUUUGUAAUUUUUAGAUUAUUUAUGUCUCCUAUUUUUUGAUUGUAAAUAGGGCAACAGUGUAUACAUUUGUGUUUCUGACUAAAUAACUCCAUCUUUGAAGACCACAGGUCUCCAGCUCUGCCAAACCCAGUUCAGGGUCUUCAGAAUCUGUUUUUGAUUCAUUCAACCGGGUGGACCCGGGCACUGUAAAUGAAACAACACAGCCAUCCAUUCAUUCAUUCAUUCAACAUGUUGACAGUGUAUUCUUCAAUGGGUAUCGGGGAAAUACUUCAAGUUCCACAAGUAUGCAUCUGGUGGCCAGGCACAAACAUAUCACUGCUCAUCCAAGCCACUGUUUGGUUUUGGGGGAGUUUUUCUGUCUUCAUCUACCUCUACUGGUCUGUGCAGGUCUUCUGGUUUAGCAGAGGUUUAUUGGGAAACUUCUUUCUCCCAACUGUCUGCACGUGCACCACCCUCCUCAUUAAGUUCAUUGUUUCAUUUGUCUGAAAGGAGGUUCUCUUUUGUUUGAUGAAAUGUCUGUAUUUAUUAUAUAUCAAACCCCUGUUCCUGACAGCAAGUCAGAAAUAUGCUGCUAUUACUUUUUGUUGGUUUGUUACAAAUCAUUUAUAGCCUAUGUUAGUUACUCUGUCGUAAUUUUCUGCUUUCAAUAAACACGUUAACCUCAA